GAAAAUGGAACUGUUCGUGUUAAUGAACUUCCUUCGUCAUUUCACGAGGAAUGCAUUGGUGCAGUUAUGGCCAAGUUGAGUGUAAUAUUUGAUGUCGUGUCGACCACUCCUGUAGGCAUUAAAUUUACUGGAGCGACAACAACAAAAACAUGUGGAGGAGGCAAGGAGCCAGAUGGAUCUCUUCGACCUGUAGGAAAACCUCAAGUAUCUGGAGGUGGAUCUGAUGGAAAG